AUGUCUUCCAAAUGGCAGGCAUUUCAGAACAUUACCCAACACAUUAGUACCCUUUUCGCACUAAUUCUGAACGGUUCGUUAAUUCAUUUGGUCCUGAAAAAGUCACCAAACAAUUUGGGCGUCUAUAAGUUGCUGAUUAUCUAUACAGCAACUACUGAAAUCGUUUUCACCAUUCUGGAAAUUAUUGUGCAACCGGUAACCAUUUACUGCGAAAUCUUUGGCUCUCUGCUUGCCAUAUUCAGCAUCCAAUUCAUAUAUCGUUACUGGGUAGUCAGUGGGAACGAAUGGAUUGAAAGUUUCAGUGGUUUCAAAAUUCUGCUUUGGUUGAUGAUACCAGUAUGCUGUGGAUCCAUCUGGGGGCUUGCUGCCUAUUUUCCAUGUGCUCCCAGACCAAAAAGUGAUCAGUAUUUGAGAAAAAGCCUUCUAGACGAGUUCAACCUUACCGUCGAAGACAAUCUGUAUAUUGCUCCCUACUUUUACGAGAAAAGUGAAAAUGGAACCGUCGAGAUCUAUCUCCCGUCGUUCUUGUCAAUCGUUAUUGACUCGAUUUUGAUUAACAUCUCCAUCGCCACCGCAUUCUACUUUGGUUUUAAAUGCUACUCCACACUUCGCAAAUCCAAAGACAUGGCUUCUUCCCAACAAUACAAAUCUCUUCAAACCCAACUCUUCUACUCCCUGGUCACCCAAACUCUGAUUCCAGUAUUCCUAAUGCACAUUCCCGCAUUUGCAAUGUUCAUCUUAACUUUUCUCGAGGUUGAUGUAGGACCACUAUCUGGAAUAGUAACCGUCACAAUCGCUUUGUUCCCUGCAAUCGAUCCACUUCCCACACUUAUCAUUGUGAAGAGCUAUCGAAAUGCUAUCCAGUCGUAUCUGGUACUUUUUCUGAAUGCGAUCGCUAGAUGCAUAGCUCCAGGAGCAAUAUCCACACACCCAUCUCACGUCAGAACCUUAUCCCUCUAUUUCCUCCUAAUUUCUCAAAGAAUGAUCGAUUGGGAGAAUAGUCAAUACGCUUUUCAAAUAAUCGCUGCUAUUCUGGCAACAAUUUCAAACUCUCUUUUGAUCUACCUUAUUACUCAUUUCUCACCAAAAGAUAUCGGUGAUUAUAAGCAUCUUAUGUUGUUCAUUUCGAUGUUUGAGGUGGUUUAUGCGAUGCUUGAUUUGAUUGUGCAGCCGAUUUUCUAUUCGUUUCGUGCGACCUUUACACUCAUUGUGAAUACGACGAACUCAAAAAUUGAUAAGAAAUUUUGGGAGAUUAUGGCAGUGAUCUACUGUGGAUUCUUCGGAUCCUCAAUGGCCAUAUUCAGUCUACACUAUGUCUACCGUUACUGGGUCAUCACCGGAAACUCUCAAAAUCUCAGCUAUUUCAAAGGCCGGCAAAUCUUUUGGUGGCUCGUCAUCCCAUUCUCAAUUGGCUUGAUUUGGGCGUUGGUCGGAUAUUUCCCUUGUUAUCCUCGUAAAGGUUCCAGCGAUUAUUUGAGAUACGGUGUACAAGAGAAACUGAGCCUGGACAUUGACCAAAUUGUAUACUUUGCUCCGUAUUUUUAUGAGAAGAACGAUGUAGGAGAGGAUUUGAUCUACUGGCCGUCGUUUGUAGGAGUUUGUCUAGACUCCAUGAGCAUUAAUCUCUCCAUGUUCAUCGUGGUUUUCUAUGGGGUCAAGUGCUGGAACAAAAUGCGCAACAUACUAACUACAACGUCUUCUCAUUUGGAAAGCAUUCAAAAUCAACUAUUCUACGCUCUCGUUGCUCAAACAAUAAUUCCAAUUUUCCUCAUGCACAUUCCGGCUCUCACAAUGUUCAUGUUCUCGUUUUUCGAGUUGGAUGCUGGCCAUUUAAGUGGACUGGUUUCGUUUUCUAUCGCUUUGUUCCCCGCACUCGACCCGAUUCCGACGAUUCUAAUAAUCUCCAGUUAUCGAGAUGCUAUCAAGAAGUUUGUACAGAAGAAAUGCUCGAAAUUCAGAAAAACGAAAAUUGGGAAGCUAUUGGUGAAGGCACAACCUACAGUUAAAUGCUCAAAUGGCGUCAUGUGA